GAAGGUAUUCGUUAACACACAGUGGUUAUGCGGGCCUAACAGGAAAAUUCCAGUUGUACUAGCGGGAACAAAGUCGUGAAAGCAACAUGGCGGUUUUGUGUCGUAUAGCUGAGAUUGCCAAGCGAAAUGGGUCGACAGUGUAUCGAAGUAAACAAAUCCUACCACACGAAGAUGUCAUUUUUCAAUAAUGGUCACGGUAUGGAUUUAUGUUUCUGAUGAAAACUUGAAAUGAUCAACGUCCUCACGUUCAGAGACAAUAUCUCCGACAGGUUGUGAUCCAGUUGCUCCUGCCACUUUGACGUCUCUUGAUAAUCCCUCAACAUACUUUCAUUGAAGGGGACAUAAUCUAUCAACCUCUUCAAGACACAACAUGGCUAUGGGCGAACAAGAAGGAGGUUCAAACAAAAACAUAGCUUGCCAUGUGCGGGUCUCGAAAUGGUUCACGGACCGAUUCAGAAAUCUUGGAAUCCUGAUUGGUUCCCAUCCUAUCAAGCUCAUCGCGUUGUCAUUAAUCGUGACUGCUGGUCUGAGCUGUGGGAUGUUGAAACUGACGUCGGAGUCGGACACAGAAACUCUGUAUACUCCAGUGGGUAGUCAGGCCUCCAAGGACAGAGAGAAGAUUCGGGCAGUAUUUGAAGACGACUCUGGCAGCAACUUCUUCCCUCGCUCAUUGACAAAGUCCGACCUAUACGGGGAUGUCAUAUUUUCAACUGUAAAUGUUGUUGAUGAGGAUUCACUGUCAACAAUACAAUUCUAUAUUGAUCACAUCAAGAAUAUAACUGUUACGCUCAACAAUAUUCAGUAUUCCUACUCUGAUGUAUGUGCUAGACGAGAUGGAAGUUGCUACAGAUCUGGUGAUACUUUCAAUGGUUCUAUUACUGUUGGUGUAACGUAUCCAGUAUUCAACAAUAUAGAUUUGUCUUCAGUCUUAGGAAAUGUCAACGCAAAGGACGGUAAAUUAGUUUCAGCAGGGUACCUGAAAGUAACCUUCCACCUGAGGCAGGACUCGGUCAUCCUUCGUGCUGCAGCGAUUGCCUGGGAAGAUGAAUUCAUCAAAGUAAUGUCAACUUUGAAACCUGAAAACGUUACCAUGAGCUAUGCUACAUCACAGUCUCUAAACAAGGAACUGAAUGCCAACACUGGAGGGGACAUCACUUACUUCUCAAUAACGUUCACGUUGAUGAUCACUUAUGCAACAGUAAUCGUUGGUGGUGACAUGGUGUCAUCGAGGACGUGGGUUUCCUGGGCAGGUGUUCUAGCGGCUGGAAUGGGGAUAGCAUCUUCCUUUGGUCUUGUUAGCCUGUGUGGAAUGAAGUUUGUCAACAUUGUUGGGACGAUGCCAUUUCUUGUCCUAGGUAUUGGUGUGGACGACAUGUUUCUGUUGAUGUCAAGUUGGGCGGACACCUACCCUCAUCAAGACGAAUCUGUGGCAAACAGAAUUGGGAUGACGUUUGCUUCAGCUGGCAUGGGUAUCACCAUAACGUCACUGACGGACCUUCUUGCCUUCAUAACUGGAACAUCCUCCGUCUUCAUCAGCGUCCGGAACUUCUGUGUUUAUACAGGGGUGGCCGUCAUAUUCUCCUACCUGUACCAGUGCUUCUUCUUUGCACCUUGUCUGAGUCUUCACGGCAGCCGAGUAGACGAUAGCCGACACUGUGUGACCUGCCUCAGAGUGAAAAGUCGGUUGGACUACAGAGAAGAGAACAAAAAUUGUCUCUACGUGUAUAGUUGUGGAGGAAGACGUCCUAAAGAAAGAGAGCAAGAUGAACGUAUAUGCGAGACUGGUCCAAGAAAAAUACUCCCAGUCAUACUCCUUCAUGUUGCUGGUAAAAUAACAGUCGUAGUUGUGUUUUUAUCAUACCUUGGUGUAUCCAUAUAUGGUCUUGUCAACCUAAAGCAAGGUCUUGAUCUAAAGAACCUGGUUUCACCAUCCUCUCAUUUCUACUCAUACACAGAUAUCAAAGACACCUACUUUCCCAAUACUUUCCCAAUUCCUUUCAUAUUUGAAGACACAACCAACUAUUUGAACAAAGACACAAUAACACAAAUUAACAAACUGCUUGCAGAAGCACAAUCAGACAGUGAAGUAAGUUCAAAGUCUCCAAUAUGUUGGUUGACGAAUUACAUGAAUUCUUCCUAUUUUGACGACACGAGUUUGAUAGAGUUUGUAUCAGGGGCGCAAGACUUUCUAAAUGAAACACCAGCAUUCAAAAGCGACGUGGCUUUUGACGAUAUCGGUGAACAUAUUAUUGCUAGUCGCUGUUACCUGUUCUCUGAUGACAUCAAGGAUUCUAAUAAGCAGGCUCGGGUGAUGACUCGGAUGCGAGAUCUGGCAGAUGGCUCUCCCCUAUCAGUUUACACUUAUUACCCUGCCUUCAUCUUCUUUGAGCAGUACGUCGCUAUUCUACCCAGCACUCUCCAGACUGUUGGGGUAGCCCUUGUCGCGAUGACUGUGGUCACGUGUAUCUUCAUGCCACACCCACUCAUGAUAACACUAGUUGUUUUCAACAUUGUGUCCAUACUGGUCGGAAUAUUCGGCUUCCUGUAUUUCUGGGAUCUUAGUCUCAGCUCAGUCACUAUGAUCCAUCUCAUCAUGUCUGUUGGUUUCUCUGUUGACUUCAGCGUCCACGUCUGCUCAGCCUUCAUGCUUGGGGAAGGCAGCACUCGUCGUGAAAAAGCCAAAUAUUCUAUUGUUCAUGCUUCAGGUCCCAUACUAAAUGGCGCCAUCUCCUCUUUCCUUGGCGUCAUCGUCCUGGUCUUUUCCGAGUCCUACAUCUUCAAAUCCUUCUUCAACAUUAUGCUCACGGUUACGUUGUUGGGUAUGCUGCAUGCAGUGUUUCUUCUUCCAGUUGUCUUGUCCCUAGUUGGACCAACGGGGUCCCCAGUUGGACCAACGGAGUCCCUAGUUGGACCAAGGGAGUCGCCAGGAAAAGCAAGUCGUCCAGCUAAUUCACAACAAGCUGAAACAACAAAUUAACAUGCUUAACCUUCUGGAGUUCAUAUCUUGCUCUUAAUUAUGUAUUUGAUGAAUUUGAUUCUCAGUUGCACAGACAAAAAACAUAUAUCCUAACAGCAAACCGUACAGAUUAUUACUACUAUUACUAUGGUAUUUGCUGAACACUAGAUUCCACCUGAAUUCAGCUCCGCAAAACCGCUUUCAAAGAUUGCAUGAGGCCAGAAAUAAUGAGUCAACAUGUAUGUUUUGGUGAAUAGCAGGGCUUUAAUUUGGAAUGAACCCACUUUAGAUAGCAAAACAACUCAAAAAGUAGAAGUAGAUGAAAGUACUUUCAUAUUUUGGCUUUUGUGAGUGGUCUGGCAGCUAUGUUCUUCCAUCAUUACGUCACGUCAAGAAGACGACCAUAUACGGUUGGUGCAUCUACGGUAUGGAUAUCAAAUAGUAAGAGUAACUGCUCAGACAAAUUCGGGGUUGAGAUCAAUUUGUUGGUGAAUGAGUACAACACCCGGCGACAACAUCGCCAAUAUUGCUUCAAUAUUGCUUCAAGGUCACUGUCAGGACGCCUAACUUGGUACAUAUUUCUCAUGAAUUUAGAACUAGUUUUAGUCACGAUAUGUCUGAAAUAUUGCCGUUGUGACUUAAAAUCUUAACUCACUCACUCACCCUAACUUGGUACAGACAGUAUCUGCGGUCCAGAAGACAAAACUAGGACAGUACACUGUUCACAAAUGAGUCCAGAUCUCAAAUGGACAGCUGAUGGUCGAGCAAGGAUCUCCAGACGUGCAAGAAAACUUUUCUUAAUGUCGUCGAUGUCGGGAUUGAGGUGUAAUGGUACAUUUAAAUGACGUACGCUACCUGAAAGACAUUUAUGUAAAAGAAAGGAUCGUUGCAGCGUUUUAUAAUGUGCAGAUUUCAAAAAUCGUUGAGCGUUUUCAUAAAUUGUUAAAGAGAUUGUUCAAAAUCAUAACACUUUUCUCAUCGGUUCAUGAUAGAAAUUUAUAUCAUGUGAAGCUCACCUUGCGUUUAUAUAAAUAACCAUAUACAUAACACUAAUGGUUUGCAUGCGUGAGUGGAAGAAGCUCAAACGUCGUCCGUCGGGUUCGUACUAGUUGUGUGACGAUUCAUCGAUAUGCAUCGAUGCAUCGACCCAUGGGCCGCCGAAUCGUAAAUCGAUUCAAAGUUUUACAUUGUCGUAUAUCCCGAUACGAUACGUCAAAUGGGCCUCGAUACAUCGAUGUUUCACUUUGAAUAUUGCCGAAUGCCGAUAUCUGUCAAGAUAUACCGUUUUCAAAAUCAGCACAAAUUUCAUUGACAGCAUCCAACAUCCAGCAACAUGCACAUAUUAAAGAUGUUUUUGAUCUGUUUUGUAUUCAUAACAGUAUUAUGGGGUUUUUUAUUUUGUGAAAUCUAUGAUAAACUAGUUAUUUUACUGUCCUUCGUUGACAGGGUUUUAUAAUUUACCUCUAUUUAUUAUGAAAUUGUUUUUAGUCACGAUAUGGCUGAAGUAUUGCCGAUGUGACUUAAAAUAUUA